AUGAGGCCUGGCUCCCCAGGACCCCCCCCAGAGCAGUCGCUGCGAAGACAAGGCCCCUCCCCGCCCAGCCCGGGGUCAAGGCCGGCCGCGGUGGCCCAGCGCCCUCUCCAGGGGAACGCCAGGACCCGCCGCACGGGUCCUCCCGGAGCCCGGAACCUCCGGGACCGCCCGCCCACAGCCUCGGGGCAGAGAAGCGCCGGCCCCGCCCGGCGCGUCACGUGGGCCCUCCCGCCACGUGACCCGCCACGUGACUCGCGUCCUCCGGCACCGCAACCAGCCAUGAGGCCCGAGCUGCGCGCCGGGGCGGCCCUGUCCUGGGCCCUGGCCCUGCUGCUGGCGCUGGAGGCGCGCGGUCCCGCGGCCCAGGCCCACAGGGUCGCAGACCCCGGCUUCCGGGAGGGCUACUUCGUCCAGCUGCUGGACCACUUCAACUUCGAGAGGUUCGGCCGCAAGACGUUCCGCCAGCGCUUCCUGUGGUCCGAGAAGUUCUGGGAGAGACACGAGGGGCCCAUAUUUUUCUACACCGGGAACGAGGGAGACGUGUGGUCCUUCGCCAACAACUCGGGCUUCAUCCUGGAGCUGGCGGCCCGGGAGGCGGCCCUGGUGGUCUUCGCGGAGCACCGGUACUACGGGAAGUCGCUGCCGUUCGGGGCGCAGUCCACGCAGCGCGGGCGCACGGAGCUGCUGACGGUGGAGCAGGCCCUGGCUGACUUCGCGGUGCUGCUGCAGGCGCUGCGGGCGCGCUUCGGGGCCCUGGACGCCCCGGCCAUCGCCUUCGGCGGCAGUUACGGGGGGCUGCUGAGCGCCUACAUGCGGAUGAAGUACCCCCACCUGGUGGCGGGGGCCCUGGCAGCCAGUGCACCCAUUGUCUCUGUUGCGGGCCUUGGGGACUCCUACCAGUUCUUCCGAGAUGUUACUGCAGAUUUUGAGGGCCAGAGUCCCAAGUGUGUUCAGGGUGUGCGGGAUGCCUUCCAGCAGAUCAAGGACUUAUUCCUCAAAAAAGACUACGACACUGUCAGUCGGGAGUUUGGCACCUGCCAGCUGCUCUUGGGCAAGGACCUGACGCAGCUGUUUGAGUUUGCCCGAAACGCUUUCACCGUGCUGGCCAUGAUGGAUUACCCAUACCCCACGGCCUUCCUGGGCCCACUCCCAGCCAACCCUGUCAGAGCCGGCUGCGACCGGCUGCUGAGUGAGAACCGGCGGAUCCCAGGGCUUCGUGCGCUGGUGGGGCUGCUGUACAACUCCUCGGGGACUGAGCCUUGUUACGACAUCUACCAGCAAUACCGCAGCUGUGCCGACCCCACCGGCUGUGGCUCUGGCAGCGACUCGGAGGCCUGGGACUAUCAGGCCUGCACCGAGAUCAACCUCACCUUCGCCAGCAACAACGUGACAGACAUGUUUCCUGAGCUCGAGUUCACAGAGGCACUUCGCCAGCAGUACUGCGAGGACACGUGGGGCGUGUGGCCCCGGAGGGACUGGCUGAGGACCAACUUCUGGGGGACAGACCUCAAAGCUGCCAGUAACAUCAUCUUCUCCAAUGGUGACCUGGACCCCUGGGCAGGGGGUGGGAUACGGAGCAACCUGAGCAAAUCUGUCAUAGCUGUCACCAUCCAGGGGGGAGCCCACCAUCUAGACCUCAGGGGGUCCAACCCAGCAGACCCCGUGUCAGUCACAGAAGCUCGGAAGCUUGAGGCCACCCUCAUCCACGAGUGGGUGAAAGCAGCCAGGGGGGAGCAGCACCCUGCUCAGCCACAGUUGGCCCCACAGGGCUCAGGGGCUGGGGGACAGCCCCUCUUCUAG